UACCCUCAAACAGCUGCGUUGCCUUGAAAGUUCCCUAACGCGCUUUUCGGAUACUCCUUCCAAGUCAAAGUUUCAGUAUACAAACAUGACCGACAAGCCUGCUGACGUGAUCUGCGAAGGAGACGUCUGCCGCCGUGUGACCCCGGAGGAGGCGGCCAGUAUUGCGGAAACAUCUGCCGGGACGGCCGAGCCCCGCGUUUUCAAGUUGCUGGGAUCCACGUCCCUGAAGGGCAAGGGUGAUUCACAGGAGCCGCUGUCCAGCAUUACGGGCCCCAACAAGGUCAUCGCGCUGUACUUCUCCGCGCACUGGUGCCCCCCCUGCCGCCAAUUCACUCCCAAGCUGGCUGCGACAUAUAAGUCCUUCAAGGAAACACACCCGCGCGCGGCCGACUGGGAGGUCGUUUUUGUAAGCAGCGACCGAGACGAAAAGUCCUUUGAUGGAUACUACGAGAGCAUGCCCUGGCUUGCACUGCCUUUCUCGGAACGAGAGACCAAGGCAGCACUGAGCAGCCUGUACAAGGUUCGCGGCAUUCCCACAUUGGUCGUCAUUGACGGCGAGACGGGGGAGUUGAUCACCAGCAAUGGCCGUGACGCAGUGGGGGAUGACCCCGAGUGCGAGAACUUUCCCUGGCGACCUAAGACGUUCACCCAGAUUAUGGAGGGCGCCACUCUCGUGGAGCCGGGAGCAGACAAGGACGCAGCGCCCAUCCCCGCCCUGGACCGCCUCUCUGGCAAGGUGACUCUCCUGUACUUCUCUGCGUCCUGGUGCCCUCCCUGCCGCCGCUUUACGCCUAUGCUAGUGGAGGCGAUGAAGGCGCUUCGCGAUGCUGGCAAGACUGUGGAGGGCGUGUUUGUGAGCGGCGACCGAGAUGAGGCCGCCAUGAAGGAGUACCACAGCCACAUGACCUGGCUCGCGCUGCCGUUUGCUGACUCUAAGCGGCGCAACGAGCUCAACAUGCGCUUCGAGGUUGAGGGUAUUCCCACGCUUGUCGUGCUGGACGAGGACUUCAAUGUCAUUACCACCGAGGGCGUCGGCGCCAUUCAAAGCGACCCGUCAGGCGAGCGCUUCCCUUGGCGACCGCAGCCCCUGGAGCAGCUGUCAGAUUACAAUGUUAGCCGCAUUAACAGCGGUCCCGUGCUGUUGCUGCUCGUCGCUGGCCACGGUGACGGUGGCGACGCCGCCGCCGAGGAUUUCGCCAAGCAGGUUUUAGAGCCCGUAGCCAAGGCUACUCGCGCCGCGCCGGGUGGCGAAGAUUGGAGCUUCUUUUGGGCCACAAAGGGAGAUGAGAUGGCCGGGCGGGUGGUUGAGUUCGUUGGCGGGGUUAAGCAGGAAGAAGGGCAGAAUACGGCGGUGUUGGUAGAUGUGGCUGGCAGCCAGUCGAGCUGGGAUUUGGGUGAUCUGGGGGUGCAGAUGACCGAGGAAGGGCUGGCGGCGGCAGUGGCGAACUUCAAGGCAGGGAAGCUGGGAAAGGGACGGCCGCUGGGGGAGUAGGUCGCUAGUGAAGAAGAUGAUGGUGAUGUGGGAAGAGGAAGGUCAGGCAGAGUGGGAAGAGGAAGGUCAGGCAGAGUAAGUGAAAAACUGAUAAGUACUAGACAGUGAUUUGGGGAGCGGGGAAAAACACGCGUGCGGCAAUGAUGUGUAUGCAUCCUUCGUACACGAAUAAAAGUAUGCGACACGUCCAUACGAAUCAUUCAUCCUUUCAAUAUCGCGUGCUGUGCGUUCGUAUCCAGACUGUUUCGCAGGCAAAAAGCGAAUUGAACGAAAUAGUGUACCUUUUUGCAGGAUGAGUAAUCCUCUGUUGCUGCUUCAUCUGAAAAAUUUAGUUGACGGACAUCGUGCCACGAUCUCAACUAUAAUAUCGUGUAUAAUAUUCAUAUGGCUUAAAUAGUGACAGUCGGAAGCUCGGAGGUUUGCACGAGACUGUUUCCAUCGAUAUUGUGCCGUAUCGUGAACAUGUAAUUGACAUUCCAAAACUUGCCACUCAAGGACGUAUAUCCAAUGCCAUAGCAUCCGUCUUAUCGACAAUACCUGGCACACUUCACAUGAAUUACCAACAAAACGUCACACAUCGGAGCAUCAUCUGGGCAUAAUUAGGCAAACACGCACGAUUCCCAUGAACUAUCUUUGGUCGUUCGUACGAUUCCAAAACAUAAGCUUCAAAUAUCGCUGCAAAAAGUCUGUCCGACAAAAUCGUUGAAUACCACACUUGGCUAGCAAAGCCUGGCGGCAUGGCUCAAGCUCAAAAGCGCGGUUCAGCGGGCAUGUGACCACGCAUUUAUCGCCCGCAUUCUGUAUCGCUUGCCUGAACACGCAGCCUUACAAGUUGCCCACGGGCAUGUAAAACUUUCGCGCAAAGGCUUCCUUUGCCUUGCUGACGAGGAAGCUAGCUGUUUCGGAAGAAAGAAACGUGAAUCAGAUCCGCGCCUUGCAAUACGGAAAACGACCGCGACCGUGACCGUGACCGUUCAUGCAACCUUGAUACACCGCGAGGGUUACACCAGGACCUCAAUCUCGCCGGCGUCGCUAACGCGGACCUGGAAAGUAGGCAGCGGCUUCUGUGCUGGGCCCUUGCCAACCAGCGGCAGGUUGGGCAACUUGGGGCACCACUCGCCCUUGACAGCCCCAGUCUCCAAAUCAAAGUAGGUGCCAUGUGCGGGGCACACAACACACUUGUCCUUGAUCUCAGCCUGGAACAAGGCGGUCUUGCCCACCAGGGGCAGGCCCAGAUGGCUGCACUUGUUGGAGACAGCGCGGACCUGGCCAUCCGACUCCACAAGCAGCACCUUUUGGCCGCCGACCUCCACGACCUGCUUGCCGCCGCUAGACUUUAACCCAGCUUUGCUGCCAACCUUGGUCCAAGCAGCUGCCUGGACACGGACGGCGCGGCGGCAAACCGUGCUGCGGACAACGCCCGAGGUGCGGGGGCAGAGAGCGCUCGACAUUUUGCGUUCACAGAUGGUUGACGGAAAAGACAAAGCGU